AUGCGCCAAUGCGCUUGCGAUUGGAGGAACAACAACCCUGUUUCUUUGAAAAGGCGACCAGGAGACGAACAGACGAAAAAAAUAGAAUUCAAGUGUCUUGACGGUCCUCUCGCGCUGCGGUCUAAUCGCGAGCACCAAGUAGCUGUGCGCGCCUCCACCCGUAUUCCUCCUCUCCUCGUCGGCUAUUGUUUGCGUCCACCGUCCACGCUCACGUCCACCGCCCACCGACUGUCUGCUCUUACACGUCCCCUGCGAUGCUACCUCCCCCAUGUGCCCCCUUCCGUCCCCGUCUCCGUAUCAUCCCCGUACUCCCCGUACUCCCCGUACUCUCAGCCCCGCUGUCCCGCCGUCCUCCCCGUCCUCGCCUCGGUGCCUGAGAGGUCGGGGUAG